GUUGGCGGGGCGCUGAGGAGAGGGAAGGAGGGCUCUGGCGGCAGCUAUGGCUUCGCUCGUGAAGAAAAUAAUCAGUACUGCUAGGGCCCCUGCUGCGCUGGGUCCCUACAGCCAAGCAGUGCUGGUAGACCGGACGAUGUACAUUGCAGGACAGAUAGGUAUAGAACCUUCCACCGGGCAGCUUGUCUCUGGAGGGGCCAAGGAAGAAGCUAAGCAGGCUCUAAAAAACAUGGGAGAAAUCCUGAAAGCUGCAGGCUGUGACUAUGGCAAUGUUGUGAAGACUACGGUUUUGAUGGCAGACAUGAAGGACUUCAAUGAUAUUAAUGAUAUCUACAAACAAUUUUUCAAGACAAACUUCCCAGCCAGAGCAGCCUAUCAGGUUGCUGCUUUGCCGAAAGGUGCCCGAGUUGAGAUUGAAGCUAUUGCCAUUCAGGGACCUCUCCAAGAUGCUUCAGCCUGACUAUGAAUAGAGACUGAAUAUCCUAUGACAGCAGUUUUAGAUUUAAUACUUCUCCCUUACAUCCUAUUCCUAGAGUUGACUAUCAGCAGUUACAUACAGCUGAAAUGACUAAACUUACCAAGGAAAGGUGCUUUCUUCUGGAUUGUGGUCUUGGAUUCUCUAAAAUACAAGCUUACAGUGAGUUCUAUGCAGGCAAACCCUGAAACCUCCAGGAAUCCUGCUAAAAUCAGCUGAGCUUGAUUGUAGGACAGGGCCCUUACUUCGUGAUGGUGACUGGAUAUUUGGAUAUUAAGUACACGUUUGGAUGAACGUAUGACAGUUAUACUGUGGGUGAUCUGGACAUGGAAAGCUGUAAUGAUUUGUAAUAGUUGUUUUUUAGUAAUGAUUUUAAAUAAGAAAAAAAUGACAAAUGGGAAGACAGUAGAACACUUGAAUUGCUUAGUGUACGUUUUCACUUUUGCGUUUUGGGGAAUUUUGCUGUAUUUGUUUCUGAACUGUCUUAAACUCUGUCUUUACAGAAU